AUGAGCGCCCUCACCGGUAGACCAAUGGCCCCCAUCACGGGUGAAGUGAAUGAUCAGCAUAAAGUUCUAUUCCACUUGCCCUCUGCCAUUGCUUCGCAGAAACCUAUGUUGAUGUCAUACACUGCAUCCAUUUUAAGUACAACGGUCGGGUUUCCAUUGGACAGUUUAAAGACCCGAAUGCAAACUCAUUCGUUCAACAGUGCAUUUCAAUGUUUCCUGUACACCAUAAAGUCUGAAGGUUACAGAGGAUUGUUCCGAGGAAUAGCGGCCCCUUUGGUUAGCACUUCAUUUUCUAAAUCUUUGGGUGUCUCCAUUUACAUAUUCUUCAAAACGCCUGUAACUGAAAUCAGAGACAGAUAUCUAGCAUACACCAAACUCAAAGUUGACGAAUACCCUCAGAGAAAUUCCAUACUGAAUAAUAUUCCUACUUCACUGUUUGCAGGGUUCCUAUCAGGAUCGCUGGUAUCACUGUUUGCAUGUCCCUUUGAAUUCACCAAGCUUUUUUCUCAGAUCCAAAUACUCGUUACCAAGUCCACUGCUUCAGCACAUAAUUCUGCACAAGCUGCUCCCAAGUCAACGCUGAGAGUAGCUAGGGAUAUCGUUGCCACAGAUGGUCUGAAAGGUCUUUACUCUGGGUACAGAUAUCAUCUGAUGCGAGAUUCAACUAGUACGGCACUUUUUUUCACAAUUUAUGAGACAUUCAAAAUGGCACUCGGGGCCAUAUCACCGGAUGAUGGUUAUGUUCAGGGGUCGUCUAUUCCAAGUGCCCCCAUAGUUAUAAUUAUUUCUGGAGCUCUUUCUGGUGUUUUCACAUGGGCCACGGUAUUUCCUAUUGAUACUGUCAAGGCAAUGUAUCAGAAAGAUAUUGUUGCCAAUAUACUCAGAAAGAGAAAUGGAGAAGAGAGACUUCCUUUGAAGAAGGUCAAAAUUCAAUUGUUUAACAGAAGAAUGUAUCGGGGACUUGGCCCAUCCGUUACCAGAUCCAUCAUAGGUACAGUGGUUUUUUUUAGUGCGUUUGAGUACUUGAUGGCCAAUGUCGCAUAG